CGCCUUGCAGCUGGCGCAACUUCCUGAACCAUCUACAGGUCUGUUCAUGAAGUUGAUCAUACUAUGGCUUUAUCUUGUUUGCCUGGUUACUGCGAACACAGAAAUUGUGAACUUUGCAGCACGAUACUAUACUGAUGAUGUGAUCGCAGGUGUCGCAGAACAGUGGCUUCAACUGAACUCCAGUGUCCCCCAAAGAUCUUUCAGUAUCAAUCCAGCACCGUUGAGCUCUACGCUGGACGACGUGUGCUCCGACUCGGGCUUCGGGUCACCCUGUCCGCAUGAAUUAUGGGUGACCUUGGAUCUGGAUAGUAAAGUAUGGGACAGGUUCUCAAAAUUUACUCUGCGUUUGUCAUGGCCUGCGUCGUCACCCGCAGACUUCCUGAUAACAACACAUCCCCCAAAUGAGACGCGAGCGAUCCUCUCUAAGCACAAGAAGACACAAAUUCCCAGAGGGCGGACUUCAAGCAUCACUGCUACCCGUCGCCAGCAUGCACGAAUUCGUGCGGUAGACACAGGGUUACGUGCACCUUCUCGGCAAAAGGAAGACGUUAAGCCUAUUCCAUUCAUCCUCUUGUUGGAACCAUUAUACUUUGGUGUUCUUCCCAAAUCAGUGAUCCCCAUAGUUCUAUUUCUUGUUCCGGUCGUCCUUUGCGCCACUUUGGUGGCGGCGCCUUUCGUGAACAAAUUCAUUGCGCGAAUCGCCGCUGAAGCAAGACUGGAGUAUACGGAGGGAGCAGGAAGCGGGAAGAAAUAUGAAUAGAAACGUGGGCCAUACUUAUGGACUUCUUGUCACCCUCAGCGUUUUGUCGCGUAUCAUUUAUGUCGACUCUUGGCAACUAAUGCUAACUCAUUCAACUUCUUCCCUUUACUUGUCGGACCAUGGAGUAGUGAGUAGUGGUAUGUACUGUAUAUUAUGCCUGACCCCGGUGAACUCAAUGACCUUACAUCAGCUCUCACAGAUGUACCGGCGAUACCCUAACCCAAAUGACUGGAGGCUUUGUAGCUGGGGGAUCGUCUUUCCUCAAAUAGGCCCGUAUAAUUCUAGUUGCAAGGCCGAUACGGAGGAAGCUGUUUGCUCCUUGGAAACGGGCAGCCCGCUCAGAAUGCUAUUUUAAAAUAAACUACACGCCUUGCAGUAGGUACCUUGGGCGGAUGAACCCAUUUCGUUCUGUAUCCCCGGAUGCUAUACGCUAGAUACUGCGGUUCCGACGUUGAAUUCGAACAUUGAACGUUAAACAUGUUCUACUGUACGACAAGUCCUUUAGUACACUAUCAUUGCCGCAUCUGGACCCGUCGAGUCGAUCGGGUAUUACGCGGUGAUCGACUCCACCAGAAUGGCCUGGUGACCUCCGGAUUCUGCGCACGGACCUAAAUCCAGCGAAAUAUAUGUGCAGGACACUUGUUUCCUGUCCAUCAU